AGGUUGAGCAAUAACAUGGAAACUAGAAACCAAACAGGCAUCUUCUACUUUUUUCUACUGGAACUAACUCAUGAUACUACAAUGGAGCCCCUCAUCUUUGGCCUCUUCCUGUUUACAUACCUGGUCACCAUUCUGGGAAAUCUGCUCAUCAUUCUUGCUGUCAGCUGUGACUCUCAUCUACAAACACCCAUGUACCUCUUUCUCUCCAAACUUUCGUUUACUGACAUCUGCCUAAGUACAACCACAGUCCCAAAUAUGCUGAAGAACAUCCACACACAGGAUCAGAGCAUCAGCUACACAGGCUGCCUCACUCAGGCCUGCUUUGUUUUAAAUUUUGCUGUUUUAGAAAGUUGUGUCCUUGCUGCAAUGGCUUAUGACCGCUAUGCAGCUAUUUGCCAUCCCUUGAAUUACACAGUAAUUAUGAACCCAAGCUUCUGUGCUAUGCUAAUUCUAUUGUCCCUCAUAAUUAGCAUUGUGAACAGCUUAUUACAGUGUCUGAUGGUAUUGAGGGUCUCAUUUUGCACAAACUUUGAGCUUCCUCUAUUCUUCUGUGAACUUGCUCAGGUCAUCAAGCUUGCCUGUUCUGAUACCCUCAUCAAUUACAUCCUGAUAUAUCUUGCAACAUUUAUAUUUGGUGGCAUUCCAAUAUCUGGAAUCAUUUUCUCUUAUACUCGAAUUGUCUCUUCAAUUUUGAGGAUAUCUUCAAUGAAAGGAAGAUAUAAAGCCUUUUCCACUUGUGCGUCUCACUUUUUAGUUGUAUCUUUAUUCUAUGGUGCAGCAGUAGGGGUUUACAUCAGCUCUGCAAUUACGGUUUCACCUCAGAUAACUACAGUGUCAUAUAUGAUGUACACAGUCCUCCCACAAAUGUUGAACCCCUUUAUUUAUAGUCUAAGAAAUAGGGACAUGAAGAAAGCCUUGGGGAAACUUAUGACAAAGGUAUGUUGCCUUCAGUGA